AUGUUUAAUCCACACAUAUUAGAUGUUCCAGCUGCGAUUAUUGACAACGGUACAGGAAUCUGCAAAGUGGGUUUCUCUGGAGAGACCAGACCUCGCCAUAUCAUCAGCUCUGUCGUCGGCCAUCCUAAAGUUAACAUUCCUUCAGAAAGAGGCAAUGAGAAGAAGUACUUUGUGGGGGAAGAAGCCCUGUACAAGCAUGAGACAUUACAUUUGCACUACCCCAUUGAACGUGGACUGGUCACAGGAUGGGAUGAUGUGGAAAAACUCUGGAAACACCUUUUUGAGUGCAACCUGGGAGUGAAACCCUGUGACCAACCUGUACUCAUGACUGAGCCCUCCAUGAACCCAAGGGAGACUCGAGAGAAGCUUGCCGAAAUGAUGUUUGAGAACUUUAACGCGCCUGCUUUCUACCUGUCCAACCAUGCCGUGGUAGCUCUCUAUGCCUCUGCCUGCAUCACAGGCCUGGUGGUGGACAGUGGACAUGGGGUCACCUGCACCGUCCCCAUCUUUGAGGGUUACGCCCUGCCUCAUGCAGUCACCAAGCUCUAUGUGGCAGGGAGGGACAUCACAGAGCACCUCAUCCAACUCCUCUUUGCUAGAGGGUGUACUUAUUCUGGCAUUCUCAACAAGGCCUUGGUGAAUGACAUUAAAGAGAAGAUGUGCUAUGUAGCUCUGGAGCCAUGGAGAGAUCUAUGCAGGAAGCCUAGGGAAAUCUUUCGUGAAUACAGACUUCCUGAUGGGAAUGUCAUCCACCUUGGGGACCAGUUACACCAGGCACCAGAGGUUCUCUUUGCACCUGACCAGCUAGGCAUCCACAAUCCAGGACUCUCGAAAAUGGUCUGCAGCAGCAUCAUGAAAUGUGACGCUGACAUUCAGAGGAACCUUUUUGCAGAGAUCGUACUGUGUGGCGGCUCCACUCUCUUUCCUGGACUGGAGGAAAGGCUCAUGAAAGAACUGGAAGAACUUGCUUCCAAAGGGACCCCCAUCAAGAUCACAGCUUCUCCUGAUAGAUGUUUCUCUGCAUGGAUUGGUGCAUCCAUAAUGACCUCUGUGAGCACUUUCAAGAAGAUGUGGGUCACUUCUGAAGAUUUCAAGGAGUUUGGGGCACCAGUGGUUCACAGAAAAUGCUAUUAA